AACAUUGUAUUUUUACUAUUUUUAAAACAGGCUAAUUAGGGAAUACUUGCGUAACGCGGUGUAAAACUUUUAUUUUCUUUGUAUGAGUUUAUAGCUAAAGAGUUGUUGUUUUAUCUGCACCGUAGAUUCACCCUGUAGUACGCCUAGAAGUGCUUCAAAAUGGCGGCUGAAAACACGCUUGUUUUUGAUUUUGCGGGCGAACGCCAUACCGAAGGACAACCGUUCUUUCACCAAAUUCGGGCGAACGCCAUGCCGAAGGACAACCGUGCUUUUACCAAAUUCGGGCGAACGCCAUGCCGAAGGACAACCGUUCCUUCACCAAAUUGUAGCGGGCGAACGCCAUGCCGGAGGACAACCGUUCUUUCACCAAAUUGUAGCGGGCGAACGCCAUGCCGGAGGACAACCGUUCUUUCACCAAAUUGUAGCGGGCGAACGCAAUGUCGUAGGAUAACCGUUCUUUCACCAAAUUGUAGGGAUUUUGCACCUGACUCUAACAUCGUAGAAGGACCAUUCUUGCAGCAGAUUGUUAUUAUUAAAUUUCAUUAUCUUAAAUAACUUUUGUAAUUAUUACAUAAAUUGACUUCCAAUAUUAUGCUUGUGUGUUUUCUUUAAUAAAGAAUAUUUUUAAGUUU